AUAUCAGGUUGUGGACUUGGACAUCCCGCGCAGCGCAUGGCACAUCUUUGCGCUGUGCGUGUCAUUGUGGGACAGAGAAAAGCAUUUGUCUGCGACCAUUUACCUCCCAGUGCCCCCCCGCUUGCCUCCUGCCGUUAAGCUGCUGCGCUCGCUAGAAAUCGGCACGAGCCAUGCCACGCUUGUAUCGUCCCUCCUUCCGCCACGUCCAAGGAAUGCGUAUACCUUGGCAUCGAGCGAUAGCACGCUAUGCCUCUCUCCCUCGAGGGCUACGUCUGUCUUCUGCCGUCCAGGCAGCACUGGCUGCGCACAAGCCCGUCGUGGCUCUGGAAUCCACCAUUAUCACGCACGGCAUGCCAUACCCUACCAAUCUCCAAACUGCACGAGAGGUAGAAAAAAUCGUCUCAGCCGGAGGGGCCACGCCGGCAACCAUCGCGGUCAUGGACGGCCAUUGCUGUGUGGGUCUGUCACCUUCCCAACUGGAGGCUUUGGCCAGGGAGGGGCCCGAGCGCGCCAUCAAGUGCUCUCGGAGGGACUUGUCUUGGGCGCUGAUGACUCGCUCCUGGGGCGCCACGACCGUGGCCAGUACGCUGCACAUCGCUCACCUGGCUGGUAUUCGCGUCUUCGUCACGGGCGGGGUCGGAGGCGUGCACCGCGGGGCGGAGGAGACUCUGGAUAUCUCGGCGGACUUAAUGGAGCUGGGGCGCGUGCCGAAUAUGGCCGUGGUCUGUGCGGGCGUCAAGUCCAUACUGGACAUCGAAAAGACGCUAGAGGUGCUAGAGACGCAAGGCGUUCCUGUCGUGGGCUACCGGACAGACACUUUUCCUGCCUUUUUCACGCCCGAUUCGGGUCUGGGAGCCCCUUGUCGUGUUGAUUCGCCCGAGGAAGUCGCGGGCAUGCUGGAGGCAUCCCUUUCUGCGCGUCUGCCUGGCAGCAUCCUGGUUGCAGUGCCGAACCCUGCGCCUGCGGAGGCGUCAGCCACGCAAGGAGCGAUCGAGGAGGCGCUGCAUGCAGCUGAGACGAUGGGAUUAAGGGGGCAAGCCGUAACGCCCUUCCUGCUCGAGCGGGUCAAUAAAGCCACGGGCGGGGGCUCACUCCGGGCGAACAUUGAGCUGGUGAAGAACAAUGCCAGAGUGGGUACGGAAAUCGCCGUGGCGAUCGCGGCACAGGAGGAAGGGGGUAUGUCAAGGAAUGGAGGAGGGCGGGGUAUUGGGGCCAUGGAGGGGCGCGAGGGAGGGAGGAAAGCAGCUGGGAUGGCUGAACAAAGGCAGUCACUACCUUCUACCCAAGCGUCAAAGCCAACGGCGUCUCCUCCUUCCCGGACGCCCUCCUUUCCCCCCCGUGUCUUGGUGGUGGGCGGCGCCGUCAUGGACGUGGUCGGAAGCCCGGGCUCGGACUACGGGGCCUCCUGGACAUGCGGAAGCGAGAAACACCCUCGCUCACUCGACGCCCGCCUUAAGAGAUUGGAGCCUGGCAGCUCCACACCGGGGAGGGUGCGGCAGAAAGAAGGCGGUGUGGCCCGCAAUGUGGCGGAGGGCUUGGCUCGCCUGGGGGUGCCCACCGCCUUCCUCUCGGUGGUCGCCCAGGACCCCGCUGGCGCCGCGCUCGCCUCCUCCCUCCGUGCCUUGGCCCCCCCGCUGCUGUUGGAGUGCGGGCACGAGGACGUGAUCCUCUAUCAGGCCCCCGGGCCCGGGCACCGGACCGCGAGUUGUCUCGUCGCCUUGGACGGGGGGGGGGAGCUGGUGGCCGCCGUGGCGGACAUGGCCAUCUUCCGCGAUUACCUCACGCCGGAGAGGGUGGUGGCGGGCCUAGAGACAGCGGCGGCCUUGGCCGAGGCCCGGAAAGGAGGGGAAAUGGAGCCCCCUGCCGGCGCUCCCCAGGCCUCUCUGGGUCCUCACGCUGCCCCUCUGCUAGUCGUUAGCGACGGAAACCUUUCCAUCGCCGCCUUCAAAGCCCUUGCGCACGCCUGCGCCUCGCGGGGGCUACCUCUCCUCUUCGAGCCCACGUCCGUAAGCAAGGCAUGCCUCCCAUUGCAGGCAGGCGCCCUCCACCACACGAGCCUGAUCACGCCCAACCUGAAGGAGCUCGGGAGGCUUGCACACUCGAUCCGGGAGGGAAGAAGGGAGGGUGCGACAGAGGGCGAUAUGGCGUGGGAAAGGCUCGAGCAGGACGUGGUCGCUGUGUUUGGAAAGAGGAGCUCCGGAGAGCGGGUGGAGAGGGAGGUAGUCACACGGCUGCAGGCCGACGUGGAGGUUGUCCUGGGGGCCAUGGCGGACGAGGGGGAAAGGAGCGUAGGCAGAGAGAAGGAGGGAGAAAAUUCAAGCGCAAGCCCUGGAUGGAUGGGAGAGAAGCACGUACUGGUCACGAUGGGACCCCGAGGUCUCGUGUGGGCGUCCUGUCGAAGGGAGGACGGGGGGGAGGCAGCGCAGGAGGGGGGACCAGGAGGGC